AUGGAGCUUCCCUUUGUCACGCUCGACGUCUUCACGGAGACUCGCUAUCGAGGAAAUCCCCUCGCCGUCGUUACAAUUCCCGCAGAUAGCAACAGACCCAAACCUACGCAAGAACAGAAGCAAGCGAUUGCGCGCGAAUUCAAUCUCUCCGAGACAGUCUUUAUCCACGAUGUCAACCCAGAUGUCGACGGUGAUGUCACCCGUCGAGUGAUCGACAUCUUCACCACUGGUACCGAGAUACCCUUUGCUGGCCAUCCCACUAUCGGCGCUGCGACGACCCUGAUUUCCCAGGGCGUCAACACCGUCGUGACCAAGGCAGGCCCAAUUGCCCUCACCCAGACCCGCCCUGGCUAUAUCCAAGCAGCAAUCCCGCACAAUGUUCGCUGCCAUCGCAAAACUCUAGCCGAUCUGUCUGUGCCCGCGCCUGGCCAAAUCUCCCCGGACCCUGCGAUACGCGAAGUUGAGCUUCAGGCCCCCCUGUUCAGCAUUGUCAAUGGAAUGACGUUCGCUCUGAUCAAACUUCCCGAUCUGGAGUCCCUCGCCAAGGUGCAGAUGAGCGGUGUGAAUUUGUCUAUAGACGAGCUUCUUGACGAAGACUGGAAGAAUGGCCUAUUGUUGAAAUACUACUAUGUCGUUAACAGCCAGCGCGAGGAGGACGGUGUAACAGUUUAUUCUAUCCGCUCAAGGAUGAUGGAAGCUACUAUGGAAGAUCCUGCUACUGGUAGCGCUGCGAGUGCGCUCUCGAGCUAUCUUUCGCUUCAGCAGUCCAGCUCUGGUGACCACGCCUUUCGCUACGAGAUUGACCAGGGUGUUGAGAUGGGCAGGGAAAGUAACAUCACAGUUGACGUCGAUGUGAAAAAUGCCGAGAUCGCUACGGUCAAGCUCUCAGGAACAGCCAUCCCAGUAAUGCGCGGCCAUGUCAGCAUCUAA